GUGCUCUAAAUCUGACCAAUGAAAUGCGUCUAAAUACGCUCCUUGUUUAAAGUAUGGAAACCUGAAAUUUUCAAGAAAUUUCCCUAAUAUGGAGAAAUUGAGCGUAAAGGAGAAUUUGCCACAGCAUGGAGAUAAUGACGCUGUGAAGUUACUAAAAUUGUCCACCACUACACCAAGAGAGCACCUUAAGUCCUUUAACAUGAGCACAUCAACUCCCAGACAGCCCCUGAUGGACAUCAAGCAGGUGGCAAGACCUGCUGAUACUGCUUUAAGCAGCUUACCAAUAAAAUCAAAUACACCAAUAGGCACUCCAAGACCUUCAAAGUCUCAAAGAAAAAUGAAGCCAUCUGCCUUACUGAACAAUACAGAUAAAGAGAACUUGAAGGCACAGAACAGUAAGAUGAGGAACACAGACACUAUCUUGAUGACACGUAGAAUGGAUGAGAUAUUCGAAGAAAAUGUGGAAGAGUUCGUGACAAAAGUUCUUGAUCAGUGUGUACAAGAUCUUAAAGAAGAGGAAAAUGGCGCUUCAAACACAAAAGAAUAUGUAAAACAGUGUACUUUAAAAGAACCUCAACAAAAUUCAAAUGCUGGUUUGGAAAAGUCUGAUCCACAGAGUAUGUCUUUCACUGAACAACUUGAAGACGACACUUCAGACAAGAAUGAAGAGCUAGAACCAUCAUCAGUUGAAGCUGUUUGUACAGUGGAGAGACAUCAGUUAGUGUCACAGUUUGGAGAUUUGUCUGUGAAUGAGGACAGUUUGCUUGGUGACUCUCACUACAGUGACUGUAGCUUUACCGAGUCAACAAAGUCCGAGGAGGAACUGCUUGCUAGUUAUGUACAAUCUCCAAAUUUGAGUAAUGGGUCUGAAGGUGCCAGAAAUGACAAAACGGAUGAAUUAAGUGAAGUAGAAGAUCGCGAAUCAAGGGAAAUAGGACAGAAAUACCAGACCCCGCGUCCAACAUUUCUUGAGAAAGUAGCAGUCAUGCAAAGAGUGAGGAAUGCCACUUCUAGUCUUGCUAGCUGGGUGUUUCCAAAAGAAACAAUGGAGCACCACAUACAGAAAAUACCGGCAGACGAAAAAGUUAAAUUAGUGCAUGAUGUGGCAUGCUCACCAAUGCCUCAGAAUCAGAAAUUUUCAUCUUUGAUUAAUAAGUUUGAAGAUGAUCAUAAUUUGGGUACAUCAGUUGAUGCAGAUGCAGAGCCUAGCACAGGUUUUUCUGUGGACAGACUUGAAGUACACAGUCAUGGUGAUCAUUUACACUUAAACACUUCAGCUUCUCUUUCAGAAGAUGCUCUUGAUAAUGAAAACAAUGAAAGUAAAGUAGAAAGUCAAGCUUCUGAAGGGAGACUCGAAGAGAAGGAAACUGUUAAUGAAGUCACUGUAGAUAUUGAACUGGGUUUACCUAAAGAGGUUAGCUCAUCUUUUGAAUCUACUGUUUCAACACCACUGAAAGAGGAAUUAUUUAGAGAUUUUUCUACCAAUACUGAUAUGUUACCCUUAGAAGGGUAUGCAGCCAUGAGCUCAAUUGCUUGUUCUCCAAUAAGUAUACCAGUCUGUGACUUUUCAGUUCAGAAUGAGGUAGAAACCCAGUCUGUUUUGUGUUCACCAAUCAGAUUUGAGAAUCAUGAUGUGUCUAUCCAGAAUGAGGCUGAAAUGCACUCGAUGAACUGUUCCCCUAUACGUUUUCAAGGAAAUGAUGUUUCCAUACAAAAUGAGGCAGAAAUGUGUUCAGUGAUGUGUUCACCAAUGCCGAUACAAGUCCAUGAUGUGUCAGUUCAAAAUCUGCUUGAUACCCGUUCUACUAUGUGUUCACCAAUGGUUCCCUGCCCAUCAGAAGAUAAGAGUGUGCUGGUUACCGGUCCAGAGGUAACAGACAUGGGAAUUAUGACAGACGAGAAAGAAUCAAAAGAAAUCGGAGUUCAUGUUCAACCAGACAUGAAAACAGUAUGUACAGAGAUGGAAGAAAACCCAAUGACAAACACCUCAACAUGUAUGACACCUCUUAAAUUAGACAAGAAGCAAGGGCGAAAGUUGACUGCAGAGGAUGUUCGGAAACAGCACCCUAGAGUCCUAGCUAAUGAAUUGGAGACUCUACGCCUACAGAACUCCAGACUGGAAACUCAGAAUCAACAAUUAGAGAAAGACAGGAAAAAACUGGUUGCUCAGGAGGAAUUGCAAGGAAAGCUUGAAGAAACAAGGGCAACUCUUCAGGAAGCAGAAACCAGAUACAGUACAGACAUGGAGGAAUGGAAAACUAAAUAUAAUACUCUAGAGACUGAAAUCUCUGUCCUUAAACUAGAACAUGAUAACAAGAUAAGCCAGGUGAGAGCGGAGUAUGAGAGCAAUGACUACAGGGAACAUUUCUACGCCUCACAGAAACUUGUACAAGAACUACAGGCAGAGAUAGACCAGUACUCGGCUCUAGUAGACGAUAUUGAAAGGGCCCAGGAGCUACAGGGUCAGUUAGAAAGUGCUGUAUCAGAUGGCUUCAAUAAAAUCCGCAGUAAAGCUGAAUGGAUCAGGACACAACAAAGAGACUUCCAGAUCAAGAAUGAUGCCCUGCAGAAACAGUUAGAAGAGUUACAAGCUGACAAGCAGAUUCUUGAAGAAGAUAAAAUAUCCAUACAGAAAGAACGUGAGCAAAUGGCAGAGAUUGUGCAAUCAUGUAAAGAGAAUAUGUUGGAAGUGAACUCACAGUUGGAGAAGACUAGUACAGAGCUGGGAGCUACUAAAGAAACAGUCCUGGUGAUGAGAGAGGAAAUAGAUACUGUAUCUAAAGAAAAGGAAGGAAUUAGAUCUCACAAUGAAGAGCUUGCCAAGCAAAAUGAGACACUUCAGAAAGAGGUGGACACAUCGAGUGAGGAAAUCAAGGGACUUAACUCUACCAUCAAACAACAGGAAGAACAGAUACAGUCACUAAAUAAAAGUUUGACAGAGAGUGCAGAAAGACUUCAGAAUGAGACAGCCUCACACAUGAGUGAACUUAAAAAGAAAACACUGCUAGUGAGGAACCUUGAGAGAACCCUGGAGAAUCGUGAGAGUGAGAUAGACCUGCUGGAGAAGGAUUCGUUUGAGUGUCGAGAGAUUAUGUAUACACAGAUGGAGGCUUCAAAGACUAAUGAAGCCAAGGAAAAGGAGCUGAAAAUUGAAUUAGUGUCACUAAGGGCAGAAUGUGACAGGUUAAAGGAUUGUUGUGCUAACCUUAGAGCCAAAGAACAGGAUGCUAGAUCAACAUUAAAGAGUACACAGGAAGAGCUUACUGGUACCCAGGAGUAUGCUUCAGAAGUAAUGAAGCAGCAGGGAACCGAGAUAGCUGAUUGUUCCUCUGCAGUGGAUGAGCUUGUAGAUCAUAUGACCAGUGUCUUGGCUAAUCUAAGCAGGAGAGCUGGAAUAGAGACCACAGAUGGUGAGAGCAGCAUAGGGACAAUGAACAGUUUGACAAUGAACUCUGAAUUGACAAAAGGCAGCAAAAAUACUCAGAUGUCACUUGUCUCACAGGUCCUUAAUGCUGCUAAAGGUUUUGGAGAAAGUGUUGAAAGUGACAUGCAGAACAGUGAAAACCAAGAGAUUCAGACUGGUUGUGAAAAUAUUGAUGAAAGUAGUAAACAGUCUGUUCCUGAUCGUGUAGAUGCUCUUUCAGGUGAACAGAUAGUGGUAGACAGUCCAGGAGCUCUGAGUAGAAAGAAGCUUGGUUUUUCAGGAAAUAGUGCUUUUGCGCCAGUAAAAUCUUCUAAAUCGUUACAAACUCAACAAGUGGAAAACGGUGUAACCAGUUAUAAUUCAGGAGAAAAGAAGGAAAAUACAUUGCAUACAAAAUCUUUUGAACAUGAGGGUUUGAAUACAGGAAUUUGUCAUAAGGUGGAGUCAAAGUUUAAGGGUGUGUGUCCUGUUGGUCAGGAGGGAGGUCUGACCAAUCAGAUGGCUCGAGUGACAGAAUUAUUCACAGAGAUAACAAGAGUGGCACACCUAAUUGAAAAAGCUUUGAGAUCAUCACUGAAUGAUGUUACUUUUGAAAAUGAGGACUUGAGCAGUCGCAUGAGUCAGUGUGAGUAUUCUGAACGUCGGCUACAAGCGGAGUUGCAGGUGACACAGAGUGAACUGAAGAAGAGUAAGAACAUGGUAGACCAGCUGAAUGGUAAACUGCAGGAGAUGAGUGAGAAAUUUGAGUCUAUGCUCGACCAAGGAUUGGAAAUUAAGCGCCUUCAGGAAGAAAUCAGUCGAAUGAGAGGGAAAUAUCAAGCUUUAGAAGCAGAGAAUGAGUUACUAAAUGAGCAGAUCACUGAGCUGCUGCAGAGGAUGGAGACAGUGGCAGCUUCUGGUGGUCAGCAAGAGUCAGCAGUGGAUGUAGAGUCGCAGAGGCAGGUUAUAGCUCUCAAGAAAAAGGUUGAGAAGUACAGGGCAAUGCUGAAUGAAAAAGACGCAAUGGUUGAACAGAUUAGUGCUAAAGCUUCAAGUCGGAUACACAAACUGGAAACCAACUGGAAAAAGGCUGAUGCUGAAGUGUGUAGAUUUGAUGAACUUGUAGACACUGUCAGGGCAGUAUUGGUUGAAAACAAGACUGCUAUGGAGGAUAAGCAGUUAGCUAAGUUGAUAGAAUUGAUCGAUGGACGUGAGCAAUUAUCAGCAUUUGAUAAGGAGAGAAAACAGGCUGCCCUGAAACCAGUAAAAACAGCAAGAUGGUGAACACAGCAACUGUUCAUUUCUACAAGUGUUUAUUUACAGGGAAUACUUACUCCAAAACAUUGUUCUGCAUUAGAAUUACUUCUAAAACUUCAUAUAUGUAGAUAGAUUAUUGAGUAAUAUAGAGAUAUUCAGACACAAGUGAUAUCUUGUGUUAAGAAUGUCAUGUACACUAUAGCUAAUUAAAUGGUAUGCCUAGAAAACCCUGAGUAGGUUUUGACCAUAUUCAUGGUAUCAGCCAGAGCUCCAGAUAAGCUGCUUUUUGCGUAUUUACGCAAUUAAAAUUGCAGAAAACCCAACUGAAUUCAUACAGUGUGUGUACUGAAACGCAAGUUAAAUUCCUAAUACCCAAUUCGUAAAAAAUCGCCUGCGUAUUGCAUUUUCCUUAUUACUAGAACGGGUACGAGACUUUUAAUUAUUGCUAGAUUUAACUGACUGCUUAUACCUUACCGCAGAACAGGUUGCAAUUUAUUGGAAAAAUCACAGGACCAUUGAAUCGGCUGAUCAGUGUUAUUUGGACGCUUUGUUAACAAUUUUACGCCGAUAAAAUGUAAAAGAGGUCGCAGAAAAAAACAUUGUUGCAGCACAAACAAACAAAUUAGUGGGGUAUUUUGCUGUGUAACAAUGACAGUUAUCUGUUUGUGAUGAUGUAGUGUCACCAAUACUGGAUGACAUCUUUUGGGAGAAUGCAUAUUGCGGUGACCACAUCGUUAAGGAUACUGUGGAUGAACUGAUCUCCGACUGCAUUAAAAGUGAAAAAGAUAUCAACAGUAUGGAACAUUCAUUACAGUUUUAAAUACAUUUUUGUAUUAAAUAUUGAAGGGCGCGAUUAAAGUACUUAGGUACUUGGUCAAUCCUGUCUAAUGAUAUAUACGAUGUAUACAGCUUUAAGCAAAAAUACUCAAUUGUUAGUGCGAGAUUGGUAAAAUACCCAAUUGGUUUUAGCAAAUACCCACUUACUUCUGAAAAGGCUGGGUAAUGAUAUUAUUUUUACCCAAUUCAAAUUUCCAAUACCCAAUUCUGACAAAAAGUGAUGGGUAAAUACCCAAUUGCACCAAAAGCUUAUCUGGAGCUCUGUAUCAGCUUUAAAUAACUGUAAAAUAAAUGUUCUUAGAAUGUUACUGAGCAAUACAAUUUUAAAAGUAAAAUUGUUCCACUGUUCAAGUUUAGUUUAUGACCUAGUUUUUGUUCAUCCUAAAGUUAUUUCUUUGGAAAUGGUAGGAUUGGUGUUAACAGCUGUGACUGGUUCUAAUUGUUUAUUUAAAAGAAUAUUGAUACAUAUAAUUUUGCAUCUGCUAAACCGUGAAAGAGUACAGAAAAUAUACAUUAAUUCAGCUGUAAAGCUUCAUUAAUUAAAGUUCUGGAUAUUAUCAUCAAUACCAUAUUUGGUCAUGAUCAUUGAUAACAUGUGGAAAAAAUUGUCAUGUCAUUUAACCAAAUAAAAAAAAAAUAAAAACAAUUGCCAUUCCAUUUCUUGAUCAUAGUUCAAUGGCUUUGGAUGUUUUGUUUUUGGUCCUAUUUUCAUACUUUCUUCACAAGUUUUUGUGCUUUACCAUUAUCUGCUUUAAAAUGCUGCAUAUUUCUGUUUGAUAUGGAACUACAGUCAUUUAGGAUAAGGGGUCUCUGUGGCCAAAUGGUUAUGGUCGUUUACUUCAGUCACAUUCUCUUCAUCGAUGAGGUCAAGCCUCACCUAGGGCGUUGAAUUCUUCAUGUGAGUAAGCCAUCCAGCUGGCUUACAGGUCGGUGGUCCUACCCAGGUGCCUGCUAUUGUUGAAAGAAUGCAUGGAGUGUCACCUUGGGUCUGCUUCGACCAUCAAAGCUGGAAAGUCGCCAUAUGACCUAUGACUUGUCGAUGCGACGUUAAACCAAACCAGUAAAUUCAGGAUAAACAUGUACAUGCGUGGUUUGCUGUAAGGGAAGAAAAAGGGUUAAUAUGCCUGUGUGAUGUUUCUCCAGUUGGUACACUUAUCUUAAAAUAAAUAUAGUUGUUUAUAUAUAAAAAUUAAGAAUAACCACACCAUUGGCUUGAAACUGUUGAGUUCUGUAAAUUAAAUGUUGGGUGAAUUUCUGAAUAAUAAUUGAUACCCUUUGUAUUUUAUAUUGACUACAUGACAGAAAAGGUAAAUUCAUAACUGAAAAGUUAAAAAUUUUGAUCGAUGAUAGUUAACUAAAUGCAUGCAAGUCUGUUUUUCUCUCGGUCUGUCACCUGAUAAAAGGUCUGAUGUAUUGUGAUUGAUCAAAAAACACGAAUGCCAUACCUAGAAAUAGAAAAAGCUGUUCACCAAACUCUGCAUUGUUUAAUCAUAGCAUACAUUCUUGCAUGCCUGGCAGGGUCUUCCUGUGCUUUUGCCAGUGCUGGAAAAACUCGUCUUACAGCCGAGAGUGUAAGAUGACUUACAUGCUGUAAUUUAUUAAUGAAUGCAUAUGUUUCUAUAAUAAACUAGUGCUUAAAGGAAAAAUGGUCAUUUUAUUUUCAAUCUUUUGUUAUUUGAAGGAUACAGUUUGCAAAGAAAAGAAUCAGUCACUUGUAGAAGGUGCGGAUGGAAAUAUCUGGCUCUCCAAUAACUGUUUUUGCAGUAUCUUGGCAGAGCCUCGUUAAGGCCUAAACAUUUAUCCACAAGCCAGAUAUUUCAGCCCCACUUGCAACCAUUGAAAGCUUCUUACACUCUACUACUUUAAACUGCUUACCAAUACUACUGUAUUAUGUUUCUAUUUUAAGUCCAGAUUGUACUUCUCAUGGUUUACAUAAAGAGACAGUGUUUAGGUGCACGGGUUCUGCAACACUGUUCUCAUGUGUUUGAUUCAUAUCUCAGAUUUAUAAGUAAGCUUGAUACCUUUUGGAACUUUACCCAGUAUAAGGUUCAGUUUUGUUCUUUUUAGCUCACCUGUCACAAAGUGACAAGGUGAGCUUUUGUGAUCGCGCAGCGUCUGUCGUCCGUCCGUCAGUCCGUAAACUUUUGCUUGUGACCACUCUAGAGGUUACAUUUUUCAUGGGAUCUUUAUGAAAGUUGGUCAGAAUGUUCACCUUGAUGAUAUCUAGGUCAAGUUCGAAACUAGGUCACGUGCCUUCAAAAACUAGGUCAGUAGGUCUAAAAAUAGAAAAACCUUGUGACCUCUCUAGAGGCCAUAUAUUUCAUGAGAUCUUCAUGAAAAUUGGUCAGAAUGUUCACCUUGAUGAUAUCUAGGUCAGAUUCGAAACUGGGUCACGUGCCUUCAAAAACUAGGUCAGUAGGUCUAAAAAUAGAAAAACCUUGUGACCUCUCUAGAGGCCAUAUAUAUUUCAAAGAUCUUCAUGAAAAUUGGUCAGAAUGUUCACCUUGAUGAUAUCUAGGUCAAGUUCGAAACUGGGUCACAUACCCUUAAAAACUAGGUCAGUAGGUCAAAUAAUAGAAAAACCUUGUGACCUCUGUAAAGGCCAUAUUUUUCAUGGGAUCUGUAUGAAAGUUGGUCUGAAUGUUCAUCUUGAUGAUAUCUAGGUCAAGUUCGAAACAGGGUCAUGUGCGGUCAAAAACUAGGUCAGUAGGUCUAAAAAUAGAAAAACCUUGUGACCUCUCUAGAGGCCAUACUUGUGAAUGGAUCUCCAUAAAAAUUGGUCAGAAUGUUCAUCUUGAUGAUAUCUAGGUCAAGUUCGAAAGUGGGUCACGUGCCAUCAAAAAGUAAGUCAGUAGGUCUAAAAAUAGAAAAACCUUGUGACCUCUCUAGAGGCCAUAUACUUCAUGAGAUCUUCAUGAAAAUUGGUCAGAAUGUUUAUCUUGAAGAUAUCUAGGUCAAGUUCGAAAGUGGGUCACGUGCCUUCAAAAACUAGGUCAGUAGGUCAAAUAAUAGAAAAGCCUUGUGACCUCUCUAGAGGCCAUAUUUUUCAUGGGAUCUGUAUGAAAGUUGGUCUGAAUGUUCAUCUUGAUGAUAUCUAGGUCAAGAUUGAAAGUGGGUCACGUGCCUUCAAAAACUAGGUCAGUAGGUCAAAUAAUAGAAAAACCUUGUGACCUCUCUAAAGGCCAUAUUUUUCAUGGGAUCUGUAUGAAAGUUGGUCUCGAUGUUCAUCUUGAUGAUAUCUAGGUCAGGUUCGAAACAGGGUCAUGUGCGGUCAAAAACUAGGUCAGUAGGUCUAAAAAUAGGAAAACCUUGUGACCUCUCUAGAGGCCAUACUUGUGAAUGGAUCUCCAUAAAAAUUGGUCAGAAUGUUCAUCUUGAUGAUAUCUAGGUCAAGUUCGAAAAUGGGUCACGUGCCCUCAAAAAGUAAGUCAGUAGGUCAAAUAAUGAAAAAACGUUGUGACCUCUGUAGAGGCCAUAUUUUUCAUGGGAUCUGUAUGAAAGUUGGUCUGAAUGUUUAUCUUGAUGAUAUAUAGGUCAAGUUUGAAACUGGGUCAACUGCGAUCAAAAACUAGGUCAGUAGGUCUUGAAAUUGAAAAACCUUGUGACCUCUCUAGAGGCCAUACCCUUGAAUGGAUCUUCAUGAAAAUUGGUCAGAAUGUUCACCUUGAUGAUAUCUAGGUCAAGUUUGAAACUGGGUCACGUGCCCUAAGAAACUAGGUCAGUAGGUCAAAUAAUAAAAAAACCUUGUGACCUCUCUAGAGGCCAUACUUUUCAUGGGAUCUGUAUGAAAGUUGGUCUGAAUGUUCAUCUUGAUGAUAUCUAGGUCAAGUUUGAAACUGGGUCAACUGCGGUCAAAAACUAGGUCAGUAGGUCUAAAAUUAGAAAAAUCUUUUGACCUCUCUAGAGGCCAUAUUUUUCAAUGGAUCUUCAUGAAAAUUGUUCAGAAUUUUUAUCUUGAUAAUAUCUAGGUCAAGUUCAAAACUGGGUCACAUGAGCUCAAAAACUAGGUCACUAUGUCAAAUAAUAGAAAAAACGAUGUCAUACUCAAAACUGGGUCAUGUGGGAAGAGGUGAGCGAUUCAGGACCAUCAUGGUCCUCUUGUUUAAAUACCUAUUAAAUAUUACUUAGUGAUUUACAUUUUUAUCUUAAAAAGAAAUCUCAGUAAUCCUUUUGUAAAUUUUGCUUUGAAAGGUAGGUGUAUGGCUGAAAAUUAUGUACUAUUUUCCAUUCUAGCAUGAAAUUGCUGUUCUUGUCACUUUUCUAGGGUAUUUUAAUGGGAGAGAAAACGUGUGUUAACAGAGAUUCUCGCUCUCAUGUGCUGUUAUAACACCUUUUUAUAUAUGCUCAUUCUGUGGCAAAGCGUAAACAUCAUUCGGCCCCAUAAUGGAAAAUUCAAAACGGAAUGACGUCAACAUAAAAAAACAACCCGGACAUUCCCGCGCAUUUCGGGGAAAUUUAAUGACCUUGAGUGACAUUAUAUUCAGCUAUCAGUUUUUACAUGUUUUAUGCUAGAACAUAGUAGCGCAUGUUCAUUUCAGAUGUUAUAACAUGAAAAGCAUGCGUUAUCCCUACAUAAACAUUGAUUUUGAAUCUAUAUCUUUUACAUUUUACUUCUGUUGCUUUCAUGCCAAUAAACUGCUUUAGAAAAUUUAAUAUACCUAAUUAAUGGCUUAAGAUGUCAGAAAUUCAAUAGAACAUCCUUAUCAAAAAUUUUGUAUUAUUAAUCGUAGCCCAGAUUUGCAGAUUUUUUAACAUUGAGUUUGAAAAUGGUGAUAUUUAACUUUAUCAUUUCACAGUGGAAGAAAAUUCCAUUAAAUUUUCUAUUUUAAAUUAAUUUCAUUAAAGCCUGUUUAUUUUAUAUAACAAAUUGGUCUGAUUUUCAUUUUUCAAAUGGACUAUAUGAAAUAUGCUGCAUUUUCAGCAAUAGUCUGAACAACUAUUAAUUGAUAUUUAUAUAAAUUAUUACAUUGUUCUUUAAUUAAUUCAGUCAUAUAUUUCAACAUUGUUUAAAUUAUCUUUAUUUAGCCAAAGUUUUCAGUUAUUUGACUGAACAUGUGCUUCCUACCGGUAAACACUGAAGCUCUGUUUUACACUUUUUAUUCAAGAAAAAAUGUUACCUUACUUGUAAACAAUAAACUGAAUGUCCUAUACAGUAGAUUGUUAUUGUUAAUAUCUGCGACAAGACUACAUGAGCCGCACUAUGAUAAAACCAACAUAGUGCGUUUGCAACCAGCAUGGAUCUGGACCAGCCUGCGCGGAUAAAUUCUGGAUAUGCAGGCUGGUCUGGAUCCAUGCUGGUCGCAAAUACUCUAUGUUUAGCUAUUUCAAUGACAUUUUAUAAAAAAAAACAUUUCCUAUUUUUAGCUCACCAGAGCACAAAGUGCUCAAGGUGAGCUAUUGUGACCGGUCAUUGUCU